AUGUCCAACGCUGCCAUUACUUCCCGUGCCCCAGUGCCGACGGAGGAGACCAAGUACCACCGCAAGGUACGACCCAACACCAACAGCGUUGAGAAAUUGGCGGAGCUGCGUCGCGCAGGUGUGAACAUUGUUCGCAUGAACUUUUCCCAUGGCGAGUACGAAUACCAUCAGAGCGUUAUCGACAACACCCGCAAGAUGGUAUCGCUCGACCCUGAGGGUCGCCCCGUCGCCAUCGCCCUUGAUACUAAAGGGCCUGAGAUCCGUACUGGUGUGAUGCGGAACAAGACGGACAUCCCUAUCAAGGCUGGCCACGAGUUUGUCCUCUCCACAGAUGCCCAGCACAAGGACAUUUGUGAUGACAAAGUCAUGUAUCUCGACUACAAAAACUUGGCGAAGGUCACUGCGCCUGGAAAGCUCAUCUACGUUGAUGACGGCAUUCUCUCCCUGCUCGUCCUCGCCAUUGAGGGGGACAGUGUGCGCGUCCGCGCGAUCAACAACGGUACCCUCAGCUCCCGCAAGGGCGUCAACUUGCCCAAGACCGACGUCGAUCUCCCCGCUCUCUCCGAGAAGGACAAGGCCGACUUGCAAUUCGGUGUGAAGAACGGCGUCGACAUGGUUUUCGCGUCCUUCAUUCGUCGCGCGGAGGACGUGCGCGACAUCCGCCGGGUCCUCGGUCCGGAUGGUGCCGCCAUCAAAAUCAUUGUCAAGAUCGAAAACGAGCAGGGUGUGGCCAACUUCGACGAGAUUCUCAAGGAGACCGACGGUGUUAUGGUCGCGCGUGGUGAUCUUGGCAUUGAGAUCCCGGCCAGCCAGGUUUUCCUUGCGCAGAAAAUGAUGAUUGCGAAGUGCAACAAGGCCGGCAAGCCCGUUAUUGUCGCCACUCAAAUGCUUGAGUCGAUGACGUACAACCCGCGCCCAACUCGCGCGGAAGUUAGCGAUGUUGCCAACGCCGUUAUGGACGGCGCUGAUUGCGUCAUGCUGUCUGGAGAGACUGCCAAGGGUUCAUACCCUAUUCAGUCCGUUCUCAUGAUGGCGGAGACAUGUCUGCUCGCCGAGGGUGCCAUCUGCUACCCCGCGCUGUACGACGAGCUCCGUGAUAUCACUCCCCGCCCCACGGAGACCGUUGAGACCGUAGCCAUCGCUGCGGUGGCUGCUGCGUCCGAACAGAAUGCAGGCGCCAUCAUCGUGCUUUCCACGUCUGGGAACACUGCCCGUCUUAUCUCGAAGUACAGGCCUAACGUGCCCAUCAUCACGGUCCUCACUCGUAACCAGCAGACCGCCCGCGGGAUUCAUCUGCACAGAGGUUGCUACCCCUUCUGGUACCCGGAACCUCGAGGCAUCGAGGCGCACCAGUGGCAAACCGACGUCGACAACCGUAUUCGGUUCGGUCUCAGAAACGCGCUCAAGCUCAACAUCAUCAAGACGGGCUCGACGGUCAUCGCCGUCCAGGGCUGGAAGGGUGGCCUUGGGCACACGAACACGCUUCGCAUCCUGUCGGUCCCGACAGACCCUGCCGACCUUGCUCAGCAGCCCCUUGGCGCGUGA